AGUCUCCUUGGGCCAACGGAGGGUGGCGACUGGGCCCGGGACUGGACAGGCCACGUGGGAAUCCUGUUCCGGCCUCUGUGCAGCCGCUGUGCCUCGCUGAGCCGUGGCUUCCCUCCAUACGGAAUGGCGCGACCAGAGCAGCGUCCCCAGGGGCUGGAACGCAAUUGAGGGCCCUGCUCCUUAGUGCUGCCGGCUGAAUCAGGCUACUGACGUCAUUUGCACAGUCUCCUAACCUCUGGAGGCAGCACAGCUUGAGCUCGCCCAGGGGUGGCUCAUAAACAGGCCAAAGACGUUUGGUUCCAGAGUAGAUCCAGGCUCAGGAGAACAAAACCAGUUUCCAAAGGGCAGGGGUUGGCUCAGCAUGUCGGUCAGCGUCCACGAGACCCGCAAGUCGCGGGGCAGCACGGGGUCCAUGAACAUCAAGCUCUUCCACAAGGCGUCUCACCCCGACUGCGUCCUGGCGCAUCUCAACACGCUGCGUAAGCACCGCAGGUUCACGGACGUCACGCUCUGGGCCGGCGAGCGCGCCUUCCCCUGCCACCGCGCGGUGCUCGCCGCCUCCAGCCGCUACUUCGAGGCCAUGUUCAGCCACGGCCUGCGGGAGAGCCGGGACGACACGGUCAACUUCCAGGACAACCUGCAUCCCGAGGUGCUGGAGCUGCUGCUGGAUUUCGCCUACUCGUCCCGCAUCGUCAUCAACGAGGAGAACGCCGAGUCGCUGCUGGAGGCGGGCGACAUGCUGCAGUUCCACGACGUGCGGGACGCGGCCGCCGAGUUCCUGGAGAAGAACCUCUUCCCGUCCAACUGCCUGGGCAUGAUGCUGCUGUCGGACGCGCACCAGUGCCGCCGGCUGUACGAGCUGUCGUGGCGCAUGUGCCUGGUGCACUUCGAGACGGUGCGGCAGAGCGACGACUUCAACAGCCUGUCCAAGGACACGCUGCUGGACCUCAUCUCCAGCGACGAGCUGGAGACGGAGGACGAGCGCGUGGUGUUCGAGGCCCUCCUGCAGUGGGUGAAGCACGACCUCGAGGGGCGCAGGGCCCACCUGCCCGAGCUCCUGCGGAGCGUGCGGCUGGCCCUGCUGCCGUCCGACUGCCUGACGGAGGCCGUGUCCGGCGAGGCCCUGCUCAUGGCGGACGAGCGCACCAAGCUCAUCGUGGACGAGGCGCUGCGCUGCAAGACCAAGAUCCUGCAGAACGACGGCGUGGUCACCAGCCCCUGCGCCCGGCCGCGCAAGGCAGGCCACACGCUGCUCAUCCUGGGUGGCCAGACCUUCAUGUGCGACAAGAUCUAUCAGGUGGACCACAAGGCCAAGGAGAUCAUCCCCAAGGCGGACCUGCCCAGUCCCCGGAAGGAGUUCAGCGCCUCCGCCAUCGGCUGCAAGGUCUACGUGACGGGCGGCAGGGGCUCCGAGAACGGGGUGUCCAAGGACGUGUGGGUGUACGACACGGUCCACGAGGAGUGGUCCAAGGCGGCGCCCAUGCUGAUCGCGCGCUUCGGCCACGGCUCCGCCGAGCUGGAGAACUGCCUCUAUGUGGUCGGGGGACACACGUCCCUGGCCGGCGUCUUCCCGGCCUCCCCAUCCGUGUCCCUGAAGCAGGUGGAGAAGUACGACCCCGGCGCUAACAAGUGGACCAUGGUGGCUCCGCUGAGGGACGGCGUCAGCAACGCCGCGGUGGUGAGCGCCAAGCUGAAGCUCUUCGUCUUCGGAGGGACCAGCAUCCACCGGGACAUGGUGUCCAAGGUGCAGUGCUACGACCCCGCGGAGAACCGCUGGACCAUCAAGGCCGAGUGUCCCCAGCCGUGGCGGUACACGGCGGCUGCCGUGCUGGGCAGCCAGAUCUUCAUCAUGGGAGGGGACACGGAGUUCACGGCCGCCUCCGCCUACCGCUUUGACUGCGAGACCAACCAGUGGACGCGGGUCGGGGACAUGACCGCCAAGCGCAUGUCCUGCCACGCGCUGGCCUCGGGCAACAAGCUCUACGUGGUCGGGGGCUACUUUGGGACCCAGAGGUGUAAGACCCUGGACUGCUAUGACCCCACUGCAGACACGUGGAGCUGCAUCACCACCGUGCCCUACUCACUCAUCCCCACGGCCUUCGUCAGCACCUGGAAGCACCUGCCCGCCUGAGGAACACCUGCAGAGCCAGGCUCUGUGUGCUGCUUCCCGCCCCACGGCUGCAGCCCCACUGGCAGAGUGGCCUUGACUCUCCGUCCAGCACAGCGGGAAGCUCCGCCGGCCCCGGGCCAGCACGAAAUGCUCCGCCAGCUCCGUGAGCCUUGGACUUGGGGGCUGGGCUGAGUUUUAGACAAGAGAAGAGAAGCUGCCUCCGCGCUGUGUGCGCCCAAGGAUUUUUCUUUGCAGAGGUUUGCGGCCUCUGGAGAGGACCUUCCACAGGUGUGGACAGACCCCAGGCCUCUCGGACUCCGGGAGGACACGUAUGCAGAGCUUUGAGGCCACUUGUUUCGCCAAGUCCGGAGCUGGGACUGGAGGGGUGGGCAGCUCGGGCACCGAUGGCACAGCCUCGGACUAGGGCUUCUUGUCAGUAUUGUCACCCCGCAGAGGACGUCCCUGGCCUCGGGGACAUGGGCUCCGUCAGCACUGAGAGCAGAAGGUGCCAGAGAAAACGGAGGACACAUUUAUAAGGGGCAGAAACCUGGAGGGUGACCUGGCGACACACACGGCUUCAUUGGCAGAUGACACCCAGACCCCCAGGACUACAAGAGGACGCCUCCUCUGGGCCCCUCCCGAGUUGGGUCUCGCCCUCGGUGACCUCUCACCUCCCAGUCAGGCCGGCCAUGGCCCGGGUGCUGUGCCCAGUCACACAGCCGGACCCAGGGUCCCGGGACACAUGCGUAGACAGAGGGAUGCUCUGGGGGGCUGCCCACUGCCUCCCCUCUGCACCCACCAGAGGCGGCAGCAGUGCGCCCGUCUCCCGACGGCGCCACACCCGCCUCCACAUUUGGCCCUUACCUUCAAGACAAGGAGCACGUGGAGCUGGGGACCCAGAGGAUGUCCGGGGCGCCAC